UACCAGCGUACAAUCUGUCUGUGUAUACCAGCGUACAAUCUCGUGCGUACAAUCUCAGUGUAUAACAGCGUACAAUCUGUCUGUGUAUACCAGCGUACAAUCUGUCUGUGUAUACCAGCGUACAAUCUCGUG